AACCCAGACCUUGACAGUGCACUCAGUAACUGAAUGAUUUUGUUUUGAAGUCUGUAAGCUCAAGAGCUAAAGAAAUCAAAAAAGGUCUCUUCAAGAGAAGUUGACAGCAAUGGCUCACCCUCAACUAUACCUACCAAAAACUUUUAAGAUGGCUUAUGGAAAAGUUGGCCAGUACAGAAGAUUUCAACAACUCAAAAAGAAAAAUGGCUCUUUCAAAAAGAAGGGGAUUGAAAGAUGGCAUAGAGCUGUGUCUACCAACUUAGUAAAGCAAAACAUAUUGGUCCCCAAAGAGGAAUCAUCCAGUGAUAGUGACAUACGAUUUUGUAAAAGCCAACGAAAUCAGAAACAAAACUUGAUGAAGAAAGUGAAGACUGCUUUUGGGAGGAUGCUGCCAUACAAGCAUAGAAGCAAGCUAGCAAGUUCCAGCAAAGAGGACUCCACUGACAAUAAGGAAGCUCUCCUUUCAAACAUACAGAGCCUUCUUCCCAGAACUGUCAGGGAACUUCCAUCUCCAAGGUUAUUUGCCAAAUCAAAGAUGAGAAAGCUCGCAGAGAAUGCGACUAUACAAUUUGAUGUUGUAGAGGCAGAGACAGAGGAGAUAACCCAAGGAAAUACACUCCUCCGGGCCAGGAGAACCACCAAGCGAUUAUCUGUGACGUCUCUCCCUUCAGGACUGCAAAAGGGUCCAUAUUCAUCAAAAAAGAGACCACACUUUCCAGCACUUAGAAAAAAAAAACAUGGCAUGGAAAACAUCCUCCAAAAAUCAGAUUUGACAGUGGGAAAGCUUCAAAUGCAGGUGGAUGACCUCAUAGAAACAGUGACUGAUAAAUCCAUGAGGCUAUUGGCCCAAAGACACGCUGAGCUUCAACAGUGUGAGUUUCUAGGAGAUGAAAUUCUUCAGUCUUCUAAGCAGUUCCAGAGGAUAUCCAAAAGAACCAUGAGGAAAUACAGAUUGAAAAAUGUGUGUUUCUCAUGUACCUACUGCUGCUUCUGAUUUUGUUCCUGACUGUAUAAAAGUUACCUCUAUAGAGAUUCUUAUC